CAUUUGCAAGUACAACAGUUCUCUGUGAGCCCCCAUUCAUUUCCUGAGAACUGCACUGAGCAGCUGAGAGACCGAAAGGGAGGGAGUCAUACAGAGAGGGAGAGGACUCUAUAAGGGAAGGAAAACAGUUUCUCCAGCUCUGCAGCUAUUGACAAGAGCACAGUCACCGCUGACAACAUAAUGUUAAUGCUUGACGGGAUGCCAGCAGUAAGAGUCAAAACAGAGCUGUUGGAAUCCGAACAACGGUCUCCAAAAGUCCACAACUAUCCCACUAUGGAAGCCGUGCCUCUUUUACUUAGUAAAGUGAAACCAGAGCCUCCAGAGGAUUUGCUAUCAACUGACCAGUUCCAAACACAGACUGAGCCAGUGGACUUGUCUAUACACAGAGCCAGGACCUCCCCCUUAGCUGUUUCAUCGUCACAGUCGUCACCAGUUUCCAUGGUGACAUCGGCCUUCUCCCCUUCUUCCUCCUCCUCAUCCUCCUCUUCCUCCUCAGGGCACACCUCCUCACCAACAGUCAUUGCCUCAGUAUCAUCAGCAUCGUCAACAGGCAUGUUAUCGCCAGGCCCACUUGUGGCGUCCACCUCUGGGGUGCGGGGUCAGCAGUUUUUGCACAUCAUCCACCCAGUGCCACCUUCCAGCCCCAUGAACCUCCAAACUAACAAACUGACGAGUCACGUGCAUCGUAUCCCUGUGGUGGUCCAGUCAAUGCCUCUGGUAUACACAGCAGUGAGGUCGCCAGGGAGUCUGAACUCCACUAUUAUGUUACCGUUGCUGGAGGAAGGCAGACACCAGGUCAAAGCACAAAUAGACCCAAACGACUUGUCUCCAAGACAAAUCAAAAGCGACAGUGAUGAUGAUGACCUGCCAAAUGUGACCUUGGACAGUGUUAAUGAAACUGGAUCCACUGCUCUCUCUAUAGCAAGAGCUGUGCAGGAUUCCAUUUCACCAUUCAGUAUUGAAAGCACAAGGCGCCCACGGAGGUCAGAGUCCCCUGACUCGAAGAAGCGGCGCAUACACAGGUGUGACUUUGAAGGCUGCAAUAAAGUGUACACAAAGAGCUCCCACUUGAAAGCACAUCGGCGGACCCAUACAGGUGAAAAGCCAUACAAAUGCACGUGGGAGGGAUGCACAUGGAAAUUUGCUCGCUCGGAUGAGCUGACGAGGCAUUACCGCAAGCACACCGGAGUGAAACCCUUUAAAUGUGCAGACUGUGACCGGAGCUUUUCUCGCUCAGACCACCUGGCCCUUCACCGACGCAGACACAUGCUGGUUUGAAGAAGAUACCUCCACACAAAAACUGUAAGAGCAGGGUCUCUUAUAACCCAAGUUCAGCUGGGCUGAACCCAACCCCACCGUUCCCACCCCGGAGCGUUCAAAUAGACAUUCUCAGAUGUCCGGAAACAGAAAAAGAAGGAGAUUCUGUGACUUUUAAAAUAUAGGCAUCUGACCCCAUGCCUUUUACCUAUGUUGCUUUUAAGUUUGGAGCUUAGGAAACUUAUUUUUGGGCAUCGUUUUUAAUGUCCUCUACUUUUGGUUAUACUUCAAAAUGAAAUGUCUUUUUUUGACAAACAAGUAUUAACACAUCAUCAUAAAAAAGUAUUUUGAUUUUCAAAAAGGCGGCCUUUUCUGCAACAAUAAUGUGAAAGAACCAAGACCUCUGCAGAAGAGCAGACCAUGACUCAGAGACGCCAUCAGCGCCCUGUUUCUCCAAUCAAUGGAGCCAGCAGAGCAGCUUACUCACAAACAGUGUUUUGCAAUGUGUUCAAUACUCUUUGGCUUGUCAGCCAUAGGAAAUCAGAGAUUAAUUUGUUUCUGGAGUCCUGCAAUAAUGAGUGACCUUCAGAUAUCAACAAACAAUUGGUGGACCCCGUUGUUGUGGAGUUGAGGACUGGUGCUGCCACAGCAGAAUAAAAGUGAGAUCAACGUACAGCUUACUAUUUCUUUUAAGAGGAUUUUUUCUGUUGGAAAUCUGCACUUAAAUCCAGUAUAACUGAUAUAGGUAGGGGUUGGAACCAGCAGAGCCCACCAGCCCAAGGUACCAGACAUUGCCCCAAUCCCCAGCUUCUAGGGAUUCUUUCCAUAUUGGUAGAGCUUUUCUUUUUUAUAUAACACAUGUUAAAAACAGCAGUUCUCAAAAGCACAUGGACAACCCUAAUAAUCUUUAUUUGGGCUAAGGGAGACUGAGGGACAUCCAGUAAAACCGCUUCAUUCUGUCUAUGUGACUAUUUUUGUGUUCUUGACAUAUGAGAAGAAAUGCAUCAGAUGCAUUGUACGCUGUGAUAAGCAAUCAGUAAGGUGCACUUUUAGUUUAUUGAGUUUUUAAAAAAAAAAUCCACACCCCAUUUUAAAAAUAGCAAUAAACAUUAUACUCUUUUAAAUAUUUACACAUGUAUUUACCAUUGAAUAGCACUAUGUUAAGCACCUAACAAGUACUUUUUUUUUCUGAUCAUAAUCCUAAUUAUGUGAAUCCCAGAGAAGCCUAUUGCUAUUGAUUUUUGUUAUCAAAGGGAUAAUCUGAUUGAAUAUAUCAACACAAGAGGAGAGCAAUACGUUUUACAAGUUGUAAAGAGUUUCUCUAAAAAUCUCACACCUUCUCUUGAUCCUUCAAAGAACCUGGAGCCAUUAAAACAAGUCCUGCUUUGUCAAUGCCAGGUACACUUCUCUAGACAACAGUUUUAUAUAUGUUUAACAGAGAAUGUUUAUAGCUGUGCUGGCCAUCAGAUGACGGAGACAUGGAGAAUGACAUCACCUAUUGGUAAUACAGUACCUGUCUUUUAUUUACCAGCACAAUGUUCAAAUUGUCUGCCUAUGUUGCCACCUGUAUGUUAGAUGUAUUUGCAAUUGGUUGGCAGUCUCAAAGUUAAAGCCAAGAAUACUCUGACACACAUUGUUGUGUGUGGGUAUUAUUAUUUGUUUUAAGUUUGGUUAUGUUGAAACAAAUCCAGAUUAUUUUGGCAAGUUUUAUUCUGAUCGAAGAGUUCAGUAUUAAACAUUGAAUUUUUAAAAGUAUGUGCUGGAAGAUUAGAUUUACAACCCAAAGUGGAGAGUCUGAUCCCAUUACCUGUGUGUUAAAGUAUUACAGAACACCCUGCAACGUUUAAAAGAAACACAUCAUGUUACCUGUGCUGUGUCCAUCUUUAAACAUUUUGCUGACUCUUUUGACAUUUUUAAACACACAUUAUGGUUCAUAUAUCAACUGGGUAAUACAUUUCUCAACAUUUACUCAGGAGUAUUCACCAGGAGAAUAAAAAAAGUAUCUUCUAAGGAUCACAGUGUAUCCAGAUCACAUUCCCUCCUGCAACAAUGCUGGUUUUCUGUUCCCACAAUACACCACUUGCAAGUUCCCACAACUCGCACCAGCAUUGUUGCAGGAGAGAGCAUGAACUGGAUAACUGUGAUGUUUAGAAGAAAACAUUGCAGUUUUGAAGAAGGCAUUGCAAUUAUCAUUCAGUUUGUUACAUCACACAAUUUCUCCACCACCACUUUCUCAUAAUGAUGCCAGCAUGGAGACUGUAACAGAGCAUCAGUUGCUCAUCAGAGGCUGUUCUUGAUGUAGCACUAUGCAGCAUUCAGACUGAGUAAGAUAGCUCAAAGGGUGGCCCCUCCUCACUCUCUGUGAUCUCCAUGCCCCUCCUCACACUCUGUGAUCUCCAUGCCCCUCCUCACUCACAGUGAUCUCCAUGCCCCUCCUCACUCACAGUGAUCUCCAUGCCCCUCCUCACUCACAGAGAUCUCCAUGCCCCUCCUCACUCACAGAGAUCUCCAUGCCCCUCCUCACUCUCUGUGAUCUCCAUGCCCCUCCUCACACUCUCUGAUCUCCAUGCCCCUCCUCACUCUCUGUGAUCUCCAUGCCCCUCCUCACACUCUGUGAUCUCCAUGACCCUACUUACUCUCUGUGAUCUCCAUGCCCCUCACUCUGUGAUCUCUAUGCCCCUCCUCAUUCACACUGAUCUCCAUGCCCCUCCUCACUCACAGUGAUCUCCAUGCCCCUCCUCACUCACAGAGAUCUCCAUGCCCCUCCUCACACUCUGUGAUCUCCAUGCACCUCCUCACUCUCUGUGAUCUCCAUGCCCCUCCUCACUCUCUGUGAUCUCCAUGACCCUACUUACUCUCUGUGAUCUCCAUGCCUCUCACUCUGUGAUCUCUAUGCCCCUCCUCAUUCACACUGAUCUCCAUGCCCCUCCUCACUCACAGUGAUCUCCAUGCCCUUCCUCACUCUGUGAUCUCCAUGCCCCUCCUCACACUCUGUGAUCUCCAUGCACCUCCUCACUCUCUGUGAUCUCCAUGCCCCUCCUCACACUCUGUGAUCUCCAUGCCCCUCCUCACACUCUGUGAUCUCCAUGCACCUCCUCACUCUCUGUGAUCUCCAUGCCCCUCCUCACUCUCUGUGAUCUCCAUGACCCUACUUACUCUCUGUGAUCUCCAUGCCUCUCACUCUGUGAUCUCUAUGCCCCUCCUCAUUCACACUGAUCUCCAUGCCCCUCCGCACUCACAGUGAUCUCCAUGCCCCUCCUCACUCUCUGUGAUCUCCAUGCCCUUCCACCAAGCAGUCAUUCUCUCUACCUUGGCUCUAGUAUUAUGAAGUGAAAUGUGAGAGAAACGGUAACAGGGAAUAACUGAAAGCUGGCUGUGACCUGGUUAGAUUUUAGAUUUUAGGUGAUGGGUGGCUUUCACAAAUCCCCCCAACCACACCAUUCAACAAGGAUUAGCAGGAAACUAUCACAUCCACCGGACGCUUUCCUGUAAUAAACCAACAAUACCACCCUUACAAUGCCAGAAUAUCUUGUACUAUUACCAUUUGGCAAAAAUGUUUAUUCUAGUGGUUCAACAAAUUCCUGUACAAAUUAAAUAUUGAUCCAUUUUGCCUAAGUUUAAUCUCAUAUGAGUAACUAUUACAUGUGAAUAAAUACAUAAAUAAAUAAAUAAAUAAAAGGAAUCCCAUAGAGCCAGGGAUUUCUUAAGGCCUUAUCCUGCCAGGAAAAAUACAUUUAAUGGACUUUGUUUAUACAGUACAUAUCCAGUAUAUUAUUGUGGGCCGAAUGCUGCCCAAAUCACAGAUGCUGCCAUGGAAACUCACAAUGGCCAGUCAUUGUGAUAGACAAGUAGCCUUCAGAAAGCUCCUACCUUCACAAGUUGUGGCAUUGUUGGUAUCCUUAUCCAGUGGGGAUGAGGCCAGUCUUAGCUGCUCGUGUAGCUGAAAUAAAAUACCAGGCUGCAUGGAACGACUGUCUGCCUGUCCAGAAUGUCCCUAGUAUUAAUUAGAGUUUUCUUUGAUAGGAUUAUACGAAUAUAGCAGUCUAUCUUCUCAUAACAAUUCUUUUACUGGUUGAAAUGAUUUGUCAUUAAACGUUUGCCUGUAGGUGUAUUGGGUUGGAAUUCCCUGGGGGCUGCAUGCAGUAUUUUAAGUUUAGGUUUUUGUUGAAACAAAAUUCUAAGAAUUCAAAAAAUCUGUUAAACAGUAAUCGACAGGAGGGGUUGAACUUUUAAGCAACAUGAAUACCUAUAGUUGACAAAAAUUUGAACACCUGUUAUUUACUAAGAAAAGAGGUCAAAAAGGUCAUACGUUUUAACCAAAAUAGGUUCCUUACCCAAAUCAAUUACUGUUUCUAACAUAUUUUUUGAAUUCUUAGCUUGGAAAAUAUUGUUUAGAUUUCCGUCAGAACUUUUUAUUAAUUAUUUAGCAGGGGGCACUUCAUCUUUACAACUGAAUAUUGUACUGUACAACAGUUGUUUAAAUAUUAUGUAACAUAUGUGAUAGUGAAAAGUAUUUUGCGAUUCAUAGUUUUUACAUUGGCUGUAAAUAGUUUAAAAGUAAAUUCGAAAGGUUUCUAAUUUUAAACAAAGAAAAAACACCUUGUAUAACUUGCAUAUUCAGUUAAUAUAAAUGAUUUUAGAAGAACAACUUUGAAUCAUGAAUAUAAAUCUUUUUUGGUAUGAUUUUCUAGUCUUCUAUUUUAUCAAGGCAAAACAGUGUGUUUUUUUUUCUUCUUAUGAAUCAGUGGUCACAGUGUUUCUUCUAGAAUCUAAAACCCAUUGCCUGUGAUACACUGCAUUAGCCUGCUAAAGCAUUAACAUUCAGCAUCAUCGGGGUACACCUGUCAUUGAGAAUCUGUAACAUCAGAAUGCUUUCAACCGCUUUUAGGGAAGAAAAUAUACCUGUAAAUGUUCAAAAAAGUCCACGCCUUUUAUUAAAGUAAGGCAUUCAUGUUCUCUGUCUGCGAUGUGUUAGGAUAUCGACAGGACUUUGCUGACUAUGGUGAUGCCUUGUAUUACCAGAACAGAGUUACAGUUUGGCUGCAGAAUUUUGUAAGAAGGCUUUCAAUCGUGUCUUUAAUUGAAUCUUGUAUAACAGACACCCAGACCACACCCACUACCUACUGCCUCCUAUAUUUCAUAUACAGAACUGACUUGCAAUACAAGUGGCAUACAUUACUGACAAAACCCUGAGCUUGCACAAGAUGAACAGGUUUUAUACCUCAUUAAAGUCAGAGUUCAAUUUAUAUUUGUAGGACAGAUAUUAAAAGGCAACAGACACCAUUAACUGUUGUCCAAAGACUGGAAGACCAAACCAUUAUAUGAAUGAUUCGUGGUUUAAAAACUUUGUUUAUUCUGAAAAAAAUUUUAAAUCCUUUGUUUCAUACCAAUACUGUUGAAGAUUUUCUCUGCAUUGUACACUAUGUAGUUUAGACAAUAACUAUGUUACAAGUUUACUGAUAUUAUGUAUGUGUUGUUCUUGUAUUUAUGUAUAGUGUAUGUAUUGUAAAUAUACUCAGAGCUUUUCAUCUUACUGUAAAUGGUGAUAUUGCCCUACAAUGAUGUAAAGGGAGUCCAUGGUAAUGAAAUUCUGUCAGAGGAUGAUACUUCCUUAUCUCUUUUAAGAGAUUGAAAUGAACAAGUGUUAGGUUUCUUUUGUUUUGUUUUUUCUAAUGGUGUCUAAACAUUCUCUGUCAGUGCAUCGCUUUAUUUUCUGUACUCAACUUUCAUAUGAAUUGAGCUGUGAAUUGAAAUAGAGUUUAAACCUAUAAAUGUAUGCAUUUGUAUAAUUAUCUGAAUGGAGGCAUGAAGGUAAAUAAAGUUGCAUUUUGUAUGUAACAAAAG